AUGCCGAGAACAUCUUCAAGGCUCUCGACCUGUCCGAAACUCACUUCUCAUUUCUCUGAGUAUGACAGUGAUGACAAUGAAGAUCCAAAAUUAGCGACAAAAUUACACAAAUCAACCGUGUUUCAAGAUUUGAAACACCUACAGAGGCCACGAUCUCGUCAAUACCGUCAUCAUAACAUUUUGCCCGAACGAAGAAACACCAGAGCCUUGAAAAAGCCUGAGGGCGAAUUUGAGUAUUCUUUGCAGGUCUCUCACAGGCAGUAUAAAGACAAUGAGCUUUGGUACCAUCUUUUCUCAGGCAAUCCCAAUGAAUAA